UUUUACCUGGACAUAUCUCUGACAACAAUUUCCUUCUCCCUCAGACAAUACUCAGCUUUUGCAAUGGCUUCUCGUGAGUGCUGCUGUUCUGGCAGCCUUAGUCAUAAUAUCCAUUGUAUGCAUGUUCAACUACUUGAAGGGUGGAAAGUCAAAGAGCAUGCCACAAGUGUUGAUAAAGACAACUCCUGGGAACUGUAAAGUACUGGAGAUUCUAGAUGAAAAUGACAUCAUUUCCAAAAUAGACGUCUGCACUGAAAGCGACCAGAUCAUUUACGCUAACAUCAAGGGGAAGGCUGACCUGCCCUCAGCUUAUUCUCCUAAUGACAUUCUUUUCCAUGCCUGGCAAGGCAGCAGUGGCUCCUCUGUGGGUACAAGUGUGGGUAGUAUCACUGCAAGUGCUGCAGACACAAGCGCCCAGUCCUCUGAUAUCUACAGUGCAGUUGCUGUUCAAAAUGAAGGUUUUCAGCAGGUUACCACUGAAGACAGAGAAAACAGUCACGCAACGCCGUGUUCCAGUGAAGACAGUCAGGGGACAGAAGGAAUGUGUUUCAAGCUGACCUCAUGUGGAGAACCACUAUUAUCUGAUGUUACUGCUUGUGAGGGCAGUCCAGCAAGUCAGCUGCUACUCCACACACUUCGGGAUCCCGAUGGACAACUCAUGUUGCCUUUGCUCAGUUUUCAGUUACAGAGCAGCACUAGUGACACAAUAUCACCAAUGAACCCGGAGAGAAAACCCCUUUUAUCAGACCUCAUAGACUCCACGGAUGGACCAUCAUUAGCAUCCUUGCAGUGCUUAGACAGCUCAGAAUGGUCAGACUCUGGGUGUGAUGAUAGCUCUGUAAACACACCAACCCACCCACACUGCAACAGCCAUUACUCCCCAUCUCAAGCAGUUGUUCCUUAUUUUCACCAGGGAUGUCAGAGCACACCAUGUAGCGAUGCCAUAUUUGAAUCAGGUUACAAACAAAACUGGAUGCCUACAGUCCCUGGUGGACCUACAGCCACAGAGCACUGUGAUUAUAAAAGGACAAACUAUGCUCAGAACUGGACUGGUACCAAAAUGAAUGGGGAAGGUGAAGAGAAUGGAGGGGGAGGAGGAGUGGCGAUAUCAAGACAAAUUCUCCUGGAAAAUUGGAAGAUACAGAUUCAAGAAUAAUUCUUCAUGAACUUUUAAGACUUACUUUUCCCCUGUACUGAAUAACAAUAAAGAGGACUCAUCUCAGUACCCUUUUUUGUUUGUUUUCUAAAGGACAAAAUGAGGAAGAGGACUGGCAGGUUCUCUGGGUAACAAUGCAGAGCUCAGGCAAAUUAAUUGUGUCAUUGUGUUGCCAGAGACAGAUUCAAACUCUCUUGAGGGGAAACAGAAACAGUCAAGAUUUGUCAGGAACUAGGAUUUAACAACCACCUCUGGAUCUUUAAGUACAUUUCAU